ACCGCAUGAUCAUUUGUUGAUCCUAAUCACCAGAUUUCAUCGUUGCAAAUUUUGCUUUGCACUUCGCACCACGAGACGAGAGAAGAGAGGGAGCGACAGUUACAGAGUGUGUAAAUAUGUAUGUGCAUGCAGGAAAUGAUGAGCUUUAAAAAGGAGGCAGCAGCAGCAGCAACAACAACAACAAAAGGAACCUUUUUUGGGCGGACAAGUCCUGCAAAUGCUACUAUCUCCUUCGCCAAAUUACUCGUUUCCUUUUCUUUCUGAUCAUCUGAUAUCGUUUUUUUUUUUAUAUAUAUAAUAUAAAGAGACUUCUUAGUAGCUAGUACUGGUACUAUAUUACUUUGUUUCUCUUCACUUGAAGAUUCACAAAAGCAUGUCUCUUAAUUAUAUCAAUUCUUCAGCUUCUAUUGCUCAAGAAGCAGCUACUGAGAGUUGUAGUUAUAUGCUAACAGAUCCUGCAGACCAUAUUAAAGUGGGUUCUUUCUAUGAAAUUGAUCACUCUAAGCUUCCUCCUAAAUGCCCAGAUCAGCUCAACUCUAUCCGCAUUGUCAUGGUGUUCGAGAAGACAAGAAUGAGGGUAUCCUUGAGAUUUCCAAGCAUAUACUCGCUACGAGCGUACUUCAACGAGACUAGUACUAAAUCUGAUAUCAAAAAACUACCACCGCUUGACGAGAAGUUUAUAAUGGGAUCAGAAAUUGCUGCGGAAGCACUUUAUCGUCGAAUACCACCUCAAGAGAUCACCGACAAGAAAAACUUAUGGCGGUUUUGGGCUGUUCCUUCAAUUACAGCUCACAAAUUAAUUUCAAAUAAUUCUUCUAUUAGGUCAAGAAAUAGUACUGCUACUGUUUAUAAUAAUAACAAUAAGAAGGGUUCCCUUUGGUCUGGGAUUAACGAUACAGGGAUGGUUAAGUGGGGCCAGCGUAGGCAGGUUAGCUACUUGGCCAGACAUGUUAACGAAGAAGAAGAUGAUAGUUGUAAGCGUGAACUUAGGUUAUCAUGUAAGGUUAAGAGCAAAGAAGAAGAGAGUGAAGGUACUGAAAAUGAAGAAGAUGAUGUGAAAAAGAAGAAGGGUAAAUCUGGAAAGAGUUUAAAAAGAAAGCAACGUGGGUUUUCUACCUGUCAGACCACCCUCCAGAAUGAGAAAAAGAAGAAGAAGAAGAGUAUGAUGAUCAAAAGUCCAAAACGUGAAAUAAAUAAUCAAAUUGCUGUUUACAAGCAGAAGAAACAUAAAGUUCUUAAAAAUUCCAUAGAUAGAUGGUCUGCUGAGAGGUAUCAUUUGGCUGAGGUGAACAUGUUGAAAAUAAUGAAAGAGCAAAAUGCAGUGUUUGGGAAACCGAUUUUGAGGCCAGAACUGAGAGCUCAAGCAAGGAAAUUGAUUGGAGACACAGGUCUGUUGGACCAUUUGUUGAAGCAUAUGGCAGGGAAGGUUGCACCUGGUGGUGAAGAGAGGUUUAGGAGAAGGCAUAAUGCAGAAGGAGCAAUGGAGUAUUGGUUAGAGAAAGCUGAUUUGGCUGAUAUUAGAAGGGAAGCUGGGGUUCAGGAUCCUUAUUGGACCCCACCCCCUGGAUGGAAUCCUGGUGAUAACCCUACUCAGGAUCCUCUUUGUGCUAGAGAAUUCAAGGAGCUUAAGCAAGAAAUUGCAAAAUUGAAAAGGGAUAUGGAGCUGUUAUCCAAGAAGCAUGAGGAAGAACUUGCUAUUGUGACUACCCCAAUUUCUUCUGCAACUAGUCGCGACACAGAGCAUGAUAACUUGAUCAUUUCGUUGAAGGAAAUGUUUAUUGAUUUGGUGAAUAAGAAGGCUAAGAUUGAGAAACAAUUGCUUGAAAUUUCAAAAUCUUUGUGCGGGAUGGAGGAAGAUAUGGGGAAGCUAAAAACAACAGUGGAAGAAGCAAACAGGACAGAAUCAUUUGAAAGACUAGCACUAAUAGGACUACCAGAAUCAGUGAUCGCAGAAACAGUGAAUCAGAGAAAAGUAGUAGUAAAAGAAGGGGUAUUGGGACAAGAACAAAAUAAGCCAGGAGGCAAGAAGGCACCACCAAUAACAAAAUCAGCAGCUCCAACAGAGGACAAAGCAGCAAAAAUAGAAAGGCUGAAGAGUGGUUUCAGGAUAUGCAAGCCCCAAGGUACUUUCUUGUGGCCAAACAAGGGCAUAUCAUCCCCUCAGGUUGUGGUCCAAUUUGAAGACCUCUUUUCAGUCCCAACACCGCCCUCUGUCUCCUCCACGUCAGCAGCACAAACCCACCUUCUCUCUGCUACUGUUCCUUCUGACUGUCCUAACCCUACUUCCCCACCUAUGAAGCCAUUAGCUGAAAAAAGGCCUGUCACCAUUAAUGCUCCCUCUUCAGCUGUCGCUAAAACAAUUUCCUCUCCUGAGGAGAUCACACACAGCACAACUCAGUAUGAUCAGAAUAGUGGCAUUAGUACUAUUUCAACGACUAGCACUACCACCUUAACCGAAGCAAAAACUUCUUUGAUCAACCUCAAUGAGCUUCCUAGCAAUCAGAACGACAAUGGAUCACUAUGUGAGUCUCAGUCUCAGGGUCAGACCUCUUCCUAUCCUGUCACCUACCAAAGAAGAAACAACCAUUCUGUGACCAUCACUGCUGCUGUACCAAGUGUAUGUAGUGUGGACAUCUCAUUUUUAUAUUAAUAAACUUCCAUCUUUUGUGAUUUU